AUGAUUGACUUAGUGGCUUUUGAGGAUGUGGCUGUGAACUUCAGUCUGGAGGAGUGGGCCUUACUGGAGCCUUCACAGAAGAUACUCUACAGAGAUGUGAUGCUGGAAACCUUCAGGAAUCUGGUUUCCACAGGUAAAAAAUGGGAAGAUGUUGAUAUGGAAGAUCAGUACAAAAACCAACAGAGAAAUCAAAGGUGA